GAGUUUCCAGGGUGGAGGAGGGGGAAAGAAGUUCCUGUUGAGAUCUUUAAGGUGUUAGGGCCCGACAGAGGGGGAAAAUCCCCCUGUGCCGGACGAAUGGUGCGGUCCUGAGCCGGGUCCGGAGCCGGCCGGACGCGUCUGAGGGAGGCCCUCGGGGAGGGGGCGCCGGCCGGCGGGAAGCGGGCUAACUACGGAGUCUGUUGGGGGAGAUUCGACGCCGCGAAGGGGAAAAGCCCGACCUGCGACGGAGCGAGGGCGCCGGGGUCGGGGGGAGGGGGCUCCCAAGAUGGCGUCGUCGUCCGGGUCGUCGACGCUGGGGACUACCUCCUUGGAGUUGGGCAGCAGUAGCUGCUCCUCCAGUUUAGGUUUCCACUUUCUGUGCUGUGGGGCCACCCGCAAGAGAGUACAAUCAACCUUCAAAAAAUCUUUGACCACUUCCUCUGAGGUAUCUGGCUCCUCUGGUCCAGUCAAGAAAAUAGGACAUAGAAGUGUUGAUCCCUCUGGGGAAACAACAUAUAAAAAGACAACCUCAUCAGCCUUGAAAGGUGCAAUUCAGUUAGGCAUCACCCAUACUGUUGGCAGUCUUAGCACCAAACCAGAGCGGGAUGUCCUCAUGCAAGACUUUUAUGUAGUGGAGAGUAUCUUCUUCCCCAGUGAAGGGAGCAACCUGACCCCUGGCCAUCAUUAUAAUGACUUCCGUUUCAAGACUUAUGCCCCUGUUGCUUUCCGAUACUUCCGAGAGUUAUUUGGAAUCCGGCCUGAUGACUACUUGUACUCCCUGUGUAGUGAGCCACUGAUUGAGCUCUGCAACUCUGGAGCCAGUGGCUCCAUUUUCUAUGUGUCCAGUGACGACGAGUUUAUCAUCAAGACCGUCCAGCACAAAGAGGCCGAGUUUUUGCAGAAGUUGCUGCCAGGAUACUACAUGAACCUGAAUCAGAAUCCACGGACUCUGUUACCCAAAUUCUAUGGGCUGUACUGUGUACAGGCAGGUGGCAAGAACAUUCGAAUUGUGGUCAUGAACAACCUACUUCCACGCUCAGUCAAAAUGCAUGUCAAGUAUGACCUCAAGGGCUCAACCUACAAACGACGGGCUUCGCAGAAAGAGCGGGAAAAAGUGUUCCCCACCUACAAAGAUCUAGACUUCUUGCAAGACAUGCCAGACGGCCUCUUCUUGGAUUCUGACAUGUAUAAUGCCCUGUGCAAGACGCUGCAGCGAGAUUGCUUGGUGCUACAAAGCUUCAAGAUCAUGGACUAUAGUCUGCUGGUGGCAAUUCACAACAUGGAGCAUGCCCAGAGAGAACGGCUGCCCACUGAAAUGGGCCCUGGAAAUGACACCCGAAAACCAGCCCCGCAGAAGGCUCUCUAUUCCACAGCUAUGGAGUCCAUCCAGGGGGAGGCCCGACGGGGCGGCACCAUGGAAUCAGAGGACCAGAUGGGUGGCAUUCCUGCCCGAAACAAUAAAGGAGAUCGACUGCUGCUUUAUAUCGGUAUUAUUGACAUUCUACAGUCUUAUAGGUUCAUGAAGAAGCUGGAACAUUCAUGGAAAGCUCUGGUCCAUGAUGGGGACACGGUGUCAGUGCAUAGGCCGGGUUUCUAUGCUGAGCGAUUCCAUCGAUUCAUGUGCCAUACAGUGUUCAAGAAAAUCCCCUUGAAGCUCUCUCCUUCCAAAAAGAGUCGGAUCAGUUCAUCCCUGCGUCGCAUUGGCCCAGGUGGAAACUCUCUUUCCCCUUCCCAGCUGACAGUCCCUGUCUCUGGAGACAAGGCAGAAAUGACAGCACAGGUGGAAGUAGAACCAGGUGUCUACUUUCGCCGCCCUGAUUUACUCCCCCGAACUCCACCAGUGGAUGAGACCAACAGUGACUCUGCUGCCACCACCCUUUCUACCUCUCCAGGCAGUGAGAAGUUCAACACACCAGCUAACAGGUUCAUGGGCGUGCAGGUUCACCUUCCUGUGGGCUCAAGCUCAGAGAUCCUGAGAAGGGCGAGAAACCUCAGCCUUGAUAGUUCACCUCCCUUAGAAAGAAUUGACACCGCAGAGUCAGAAUUCAGCUGUGUGAAGGCAAAGGCUAGUGAUGAGAUGGCUCCCAAGGCUGAUGAGAUCUUACAGGUUGAUGAGAUUAGCCGGAGAAUAAGCCUCCUGGGGCAUGAUGGAAGUCAGAAGUCCAGAAGUACUGCAGCCAGGAUAAAGCAUUGUUGGGUAGUCCAGAGGAGCCGGUCCCGGGGGAAGGAAGGCGGCAAGAUGGUGUUGGAAAGCACUAUGGUUUGCGUUGACAACAGUGAGUACAUGCGGAAUGGGGAUUUCCUGCCUACACGGUUGCAGGCCCAGCAGGAUGCAGUCAACAUAGUGUGUCACUCCAAGACACGAAGCAACCCCGAGAACAACGUGGGACUCAUCACGCUGGCCAAUGACUGUGAGGUACUUACUACACUAACCCCUGACACUGGCCGAAUUUUGUCCAAGCUCCACACAGUUCAACCCAAGGGCAAGAUUACCUUCUGUAUUGGCAUUCGAGUUGCCCAUUUGGCUCUGAAACACAGACAAGGCAAGAAUCACAAGAUGCGGAUCAUUGCUUUUGUGGGCAGCCCAGUGGAAGACAACGAGAAGGACCUGGUGAAGCUAGCAAAACGGCUGAAGAAAGAGAAAGUGAAUGUUGACAUUAUCAACUUUGGGGAGGAGGAGGCAAACACAGACAAACUGACAGCCUUCGUGAACACACUAAACGGCAAGGAUGGCACCGGUUCGCAUCUGGUGACGGUGCCCCCUGGGCCCAGCCUGGCUGAUGCCCUCAUCAGCUCCCCUAUCCUGGCUGGAGAAGGUGGUGCCAUGCUGGGGCUAGGGGCUAGCGACUUCGAGUUUGGGGUGGAUCCCAGUGCCGAUCCUGAGCUGGCCCUGGCCCUUCGUGUAUCUAUGGAAGAACAGCGACAGAGGCAAGAGGAGGAGGCCAGACGGGCAGCAGCGGCCUCUGCUGCCGAGGCAGGGAUUGCCACAGCUGGGACCGAAGAUUCAGAUGACGCCCUGCUGAAGAUGACCAUUGGUCAGCAGGAGUUUGGUCGAAGUGGGCUCCCUGACUUGAGCAGCAUGACUGAAGAAGAGCAGAUUGCGUACGCCAUGCAGAUGUCCUUGCAGGGAGCUGAGUUUGGUCAAGCAGAGUCAGGUGACAUUGAUGCCAGCUCAGCCAUGGAUACCUCUGAGCCUGCCAAGGAGGAAGAUGAUUAUGAUGUGAUGCAAGACCCUGAGUUCCUGCAGAGUGUCCUGGAGAAUCUGCCAGGCGUGGACCCCAACAAUGAGGCCAUACGAAAUGCCAUGGGGUCACUGGCCUCACAAGCUACUAAGGAUGGCAAGAAGGAAAAGAAAGAGGAGGACAAGAAGUGAGGCCAGAGGGCAGGAGGGCUUGGUCUCCCCAAAUGGGGCUGAGAAGGUUGUGGGGGGAGUUGUUGCGUAGUGUUUAGGUGAAGCUCUUGUGUAACAGUUAACAACCGAAAUAAAGUUUGGUGAUUUUUUUUUCCCUUAAAA